UCCUGAAGCUUGGAGGCGGUGGGAUUAUUUACGCAGUACAUUUCUACAUUUCCCUCCCAUUGGUCCCUUAAUAGAAGCUGCUCUGAUGCGCUGCGGUGACACAGCCAAGUCUCCGGCGAUAAAAAGAAAAGGCGACGAGCAGCGCAGGAGAAAAACACAAAGUGUUGGAGGGCGUUGGACGUUUGAUGGUAGAUGCGCCUCUGCGAGUCUUAACACGGCUGGAAGUAUCUAUCCAACUCCUGAGGUACCGACUCAACACUUUUAAUACUUGAUUGUCUUUCUAAGUGGAUCUGGUGAAGAAUGGAGUGGUAUGUCCUGGUCCUGGUGCUGAUGCUGAGCUUGCCGCCCUCCAUCCGCGCUGAUUGCUCUCUACAGUGUCAGAGAUGCGUGCAGCAGAUCCUCAGCCACGACUCAGCCUUCAGCAGCCUGCAGUCGUGCAGUGCAGAGUGUGACGGUCAGCUGGAGAGCUGCGAGCAUCAGGCUCCGGGUCUGGCGGACUUCAGCCAGGAUGAAGCUGCUGCUGCUGAGGAAGAGGGGGAGAGCCAGCAGGCAGACCUGGUCAAACGCUACGGCGGCUUCAUCAAGAGGAUCGACAAGAACAAGAAGAAGCUCUUCACCUCUCCGUGGCGCGACAACAACUACAUCCUGAAGGCCCAAGGAGCGCUGCCCAAGAAGUACGAGGACUUGUUGAAGAGGCUGGAGGAGAGAGAGACAGACGCAGAUGAUGCAGAUGAUGCUGAUGCUGCGGAGGACCAGAUGCUCCACAGUUAUGCCAAACGGUACGGAGGCUUUUUACGCAAAUUCGGCCCCAAAUCGAAGAGGAGUAGUUCCGCGGAGCAGGAAGGAGAGCCCGAGGAGCUGCAGAAGCGCUACGGAGGCUUCAUGAGGAGGAUCCGACCGAAGUUGAACAACCUGAAGUGGGACAAGAGGUACGGAGGAUUUCUGCGUCGACACUUCAAGAUCUCCGUGCGCUCAGUCGAGGAGCCGUAUUACUCCUACGAUGACUUGAGCCUAUAAGAUGAACUCUGCAGGAGGGGAAAAAGAAAACCUACUAAAGAACUUGUGCAGGUUCACUCGAAAUAACAACCAUUUAUCCCAGAAAGUUUAUUAUCAUAUGCCUGCCUAUAACUGCUUCUAUAGCUAUACUCGGUUACCUUUCUGUGUAACGACUCUCAUCUCUGUGUGUUAUUGGCAUCAUCGUCUGUCAUUCAAUAAAAAUGAUGCUUGUUUAAUAAAACCAUGAAUAAAACCA